CGUGGCACCUCCCGGUCAGCCCCUAGGCUAGAGUCUGUUCUCCCCUAUCAUCUUCCCAAGGGGAGACUGGCAUCUCUGUGGGGCUGAAAGGAAGAAGCAUUAGAGAUCUUCGGGUCGGGCGCCAGGAGGGAGGUACUUGUGUGGUCUAGGAGCAGGGAGGCGGCUACUAACUACCUUUUGCUCCUCUCGUCCUACCUGCACUUGGAGACUCGGCUUCUGAACCAGCACUGCAAAAAGCCUACUGUCUGGAAAGAUAAGGCUGGCAAAGAAAAGCAACUUGGAGGAAGUAUCAUUGUUGAGAUGCCUACCAUUAAUGCUAUUAUGAUUAUACAACUCUGUGUCCUUGUAGCUGCAUUACCAGCUCAAUAUUUACUUUCUCAGUGGUAUAGAGCUGAUUCUACUCAAAGCCUUCAAGUAAUAGAAAGGUUAAUUGGCUACUGGAACAAGUUUAGAUGGUCAUUCCUGGGUCUGAAUGCCUGGAUGAGCAGUUUAAAGCACCAGAUGGUAAAGAUGAGGAACUGGUACAAUGAAGAUGAAGAAUACAUCCAUGCUUACUUUGCAGAACCAACUCGAAUUCGAAGUCCAAGGCCACAAUUUGUUCAGUUUAAUGUGGGAAUGGUGAUAAUGCACAAGCAGCUUGGCUAUUCAGGCGUAAUUAUUGGUUGGGAUUCAGAAGCCAGAGCUCCAGAAGAGUGGCUAAAACAGAAAUAUCCUCCUGAGAAAGAGUAUUUAAGAAAAUCUCCUCAUUAUCGAAUUCUAGUCAAUAAGUCCAACAGAAUUGGUAUAUCUACAAUCUAUGUUCCAGAGGAGAACCUAAAAGUUAUUACAGGAUAUGAGGUAUUCCAUCCUGACUUGAAAGUCUACUUCAGCAAGUUUGAUGGAUCCAAAUACAUUAUGCAGCCAUGGCUAAAACAAAUUUAUCCUCAUGAUUAAACCCAUUUUAAUCAAUACCUGCAUUUGUUGUACAGCCCCACAUCUAAAUUUUUCCUUUACUGUGACAAAUGGAAAGCAGGGUACAACUGAUACAGCUUAUUCUUCUGAAAUAAAUGAACAUUUUAAAAACA